CUUCAAACAUGGAUGCCGGUCACAAAUAAUUUCCGUAUUGAAAAGGUUUUUUCUUUUCUCUUGGGAAGGCCUGAAACGGAUUUGUCAGAAUGAGUGAACCAUCGGAUUUAGCAGACACGAUAAAACCAGAAGACAUACAUUCUUUGCUGGAACAUUGUAAUAAGACGACUCACAAAGUGAAAGAUGGCGACAUACAGGGCGAGUUUAUUAUGGAAAGAUGUCUAUUGCUUAUGGCAAGGGAUUACAAAUAUUCUGUGAUAACAAAUUUCAAUGGAGAGCUGUGCGGUCAUUACCCCAGCAAGUUGGUCAUGCUGGAAUACCAAUUGACAGAGGCAGAAAAACAGUCAAGGAAACAGGAAGAUGUGCAGAGCUUCUACGAUGUGGAGAAGUUACGGGAGCUGGUGAAACAUGCGCGCUAUGCCAGAUGUCGCUCCAGGUUUGCAGUGCCUGUCAUUCUGUAUGAAGGAAAGCAUGUAUGUAGAUCGGCCACCCUGUCCGGUGGGGCCGAGAUGUAUGGACGACAGGGACUGGACUUUCUGUUUUCUGGUCCUCCAGGAAGUGAGGCCUCGCCCAACAUGUCCGCUCCAGGACCUGGCCCUACACCCAGCUCUGGAGAGAUGCAGAUGUUUGAUCGCUACAGGGGACAGGACAUAAAACUGCUGAAAGAGUUCUCUGUGGGAUACAUAUGUGACCUAAUGGUCGAAAAGAAAAAAGUGAAAUUUGGCUUAAACAUCACAUCAUCAGAAAAGGUCGACAAAGAAAACAGAUAUGCAGACUUCUGUAUAUUGUCAAUACCCUACCCAGGUUGUGAAUUCUUCAAGGAAUGGAAAGAUAACUCCUAUCUGGGAGAGACAAUGACAUUUGACUGGAGUCAGAACUAUGUAGAUGCGGUGCUGGACAUUCCUGACGACCCCCUGUUAGCACAGGUGGGGAUAGACUGGAGGAAGUACAGGAGCUGGGAUUUAAUUCGUCUCACUCAGAACUACUUGAAACUGCUGCUUCAUAUUUUGAUUGAAGGUGACACUGGAGUGCUAGUCCACUGUAUAUCGGGCUGGGACCGGACGCCCAUGUUUAUCUCCCUUCUCAGGAUCUCCCUCUGGGCUGACGGUGUCGCUCACGCUUCUCUCAAUCCCACAGAAAUACUCUACCUCACACUCGCCUAUGACUGGUACCUCUUCGGACACAGUUUACCAGACAGAGUGAACAAAGGAGAAGAGAUAUUAUUUUUCUGCUUCAACUUUAUGACUUACAUGUCAUCUGAAGAAUUCUCAGUUUCAAACAAAAGGAAGCCAAGCAGAAUAGAUUCCGAGUGCAAUAUGGAGGGUGUUUUACUGGAAACUGACCCUCGUCGCCAUAGUUACCGUGGCAGUAACACCAGUAUUAGUAGUGUGGGCAGUUCUGGUCAGGACCCUGCACUGGCCACUUUUCACAUAAACUCUGACGAGGACACAUUUACACCGGGCAUGGCGAGCCCAAAUGUAGUGAUGCCUGCACACCACAGACAGACGCCCCUGAGACCAGGCAUAGAUGGGGCUGUCCACUUUCAUGUGACUCACCCAUCAGCUUCCAGCUCUAGUCCCGUGGCCGUCCCUAGCAGUGUUAGACAUCUGGCAGACACUGGCAGGGCCAGCUCCCCCGCAUGUGGCAGUUGGCAGGUGAUCUCCAGUACGGGUAGUUUGAGAGGUUACGCCACCUCCAGUGACUCCCCGCAGUCCUUCGGCUCCCUCACAGAUAGCUCCGCUUCCAGUAGUAGGCUAAGCUCAUGCUGUGAAGCAACAGAAAUACAAGAAACAACACGGUGGAAAAAGUUGGACUUGGUUAGAAAAAUAUUCCAUAAUGCAUACGCUAACAAAAUAGUGUGUAAACAUAGUCGCGAUGCUAGCAGUAUUGGAAUGUUACUGGACCAGUUUGCUGAGAAAGUGGGUAUCCGUGGCAACAGAAAUACAUUUGUUUAAUAUGUUGGAGGAGAAAAUAGUGCUGUUUGUGAUACUGACUUCAUUUGCUUUAGUUGGAUGUAUGUACAUACAUUUGGGGAUCAGUCUUUGUGCUUGGUGUAUGAUAGAAUAUGUGGGGAAUAAUCCUCCUGUUUGAUGUAUUAGGGUACAUGUCGGGGACAGUCCUUGUGUGCACUGUAUGUGGGGUACAUUUGGGGGAUACUGUCGUAUUUGAUAUAUGAGGGUACAUCUGAUGGACAGUCCUUAUGUUAAGGUGUAUUUGGAUACAUGAAGGGGACAGUCCUUAUAUGUGCUGUCAGUGGAGUACAUCGGGGGAACAGUCCUUGUGUCAAGUAUUACAGUACAUCUAGGAAACAGUUCUUGAGGGUGAUGUAUAAGUAUGAGGCAUUAUUUAGGAGACAAUCCUUGUGUGUGCUUUAAUUUAUAUGGCAUACAUCUCGGGGACAGCUCUUUUGGGUGGUGUAUGAGGCAUUAUCUAGGAGACAAUCCUCGUGUGUGCUUUAAUUUAUAUGGCAUACAUCUUGGGGACAGUUUUUUUGGGUGGUGUAUGAGACAUUAUCUAGGAGACAAUCCUCGUGUGUGCUUUAAUUUAUAUGGCAUACAUCUCGGGGACAGCUCUUUUGGGUGGUGUAUGAGGCAUUAUCUAGGAGACAAUCCUCAUAUGUGCUUUAAUUUAUAUGGCAUACAUCACGGGGACAAUUCUUUUGGGUGGUGUAUGAGGCAUUAUCUAGGAGACAAUUCUCGUGUGUGCUUUUAUUUAUAUGGCAUACAUCUCGGGGACAGUUCUUUUGGGUGGUGUAUGAGGGAACAUCUGAUGGACAGUCCCUGUUUAAGGGUGUAUGGAGGAACAUUUGGAAGACAGUUCUUGUUCACUCUGUAUGUGUGGUGCUUCAGCCGGGAAGGCAGAGAUUGAUUUUUCAUGUUGUUGUAUGGAAAAAAUCUUCUAAAGAAAUCCUUGUGCUGUUUAUGUAAGUUAAACUUUCCGAUGUGUAACUGUAAAUAAUAUAUUAAACAAUUGUUGUACGGUGUUGUCUUUGUGACCUGUCCUGUUGACCUUCCUGUAGAAUAUUCCUAUGUGAUGUAUAAGUGGAUGACGGUGUCAGUCAACAACAUGGGAUGAUUCCCAUAUAUCUUAAAACAGGCUGUGGCUUAGUUUUUAUUUGAAGUCUUUUGGCCAGUUUUAAGGCUAGCUGACACUUAAACAUGUUCAGGUCUUGAUCAGAUGUGUUGUGUUUUAUAUGUAUAUAUAUUCUUAAAGUCAUAACAUGCGAUUGCUGAGAUAUGUUUAGUGGUAGAUAUAUCUGAAAAUCAUUUCCGGCUUUAUUAAUUACAGGAAUUAAUUAUCAUGUACUCUGUCUGCAGUGUAAUACAUUUUUGAUAUACAUAGAACAGGUUUAACUCAUUCACCCCUACAUGUUUAAACUAGACUUGCUCAGUCUUUGAUUUGUUAAGGUUUAAAUGUGAUCAUAAAUGAUCAAUAUCACCCAUUGUGACACCACAAAAAAAGUAGUCCGGCUGUGUUUAAUUUCCUGCAUUUCAGAAAAAUCAUGAAAGCUUAUUUCAUUACAGUCAUAUGUAUUUGAUAAUAACAUAAAAUAUAUAUAUUAACAGUUUAAUAUUAAAUAUUUUGGUUGAAAUAUUCCAAAUUUAUGGGCUGGAAGUUUAUUCUCAACCUAUCUUAUUUUCAAAAUCAUUUUGACUGUAAGAAAUCCAUAACUUAUUUUCACAUAUUGAGUUCGUAGAUUUUAGACCAAAUCUAGCAUACUGCAUGCAUCCACUACCCCUGCAGGGAGGUGUGAAAACCCCUGACACAUCGGUACCCACUGAUAGGUUAAUUAUAACCAAAGGUCAACAUGAAAGGUCACCAGCCACACUUACACAGAAAUUGAAGGCAAUCUGAUGUUUUACCAUGAUGUAUACAUAUCAGAGAAGUUUGAAUGUCGAGGGAUCAAUUUGUAUGUAUGCAGCUUCAGAUAUAUGUAUGUCGUCAGUCACUUCAGAUAUAUGUAUGUCGUCGGUCACUUCAGAUAUAUGUAUGUCGUCAGUCAUUUUAACUAGUUUUUAGCUUUACAACAUUCUUUUGUAUCUGUGAUCAAACUGUUUUAUUUUAAUAUGUAAAACAGCGUAUGAUAAGAAAUGUAUUGAAUCUAAUUUCAUGUUUAUUAUGUUUAUUUAUGCCAUCAGUUGCAUCUGAUAAAAAAACGUUUGUUCAAGUACAGAUAUUCUUUAUACUGAAAAGAUCGCUGUAAUUUUCUCUGUAUCUUUUUAAUAUUUGACGUAUACAGUAUCUAUAUACAAUUUUUGUUUGUACAUCAAAAUGUUCACACUACAUUUAAAUCUCAUCAUACUGGUAAUUUAUCAUGUGAUUAUUUUAAAAUAAGUAAAAAAUCACCUAUGUCUUAUUUUUCAUUUGAAAUAAUAUGAAUAAUUAGCCAUACCCUAAUAUGGCUAGUUAUUUUGAUGACAGAAAAAGAUAAUAAAAGUACAGCACAGAUUUCCAGAUUAUAUCACAAUAAAAACAAUAGAGCUGAAAUGGCAGAGUUUUGGAGACUUGAAGAUUUUUAUGGGGAGACAUGUUUUUGGCAAUAUUCCCAAAAUUUUCAAUCAUCUGAUUAAAAGAACCUCAAAUUUGUUUCCAUUUCAUUCAAGAUUUAUGAGACGCGUUGUAGAUUUUUCAUUUUUGUUCACUAGGAAAUCACUAAAAUGACAAUUUCUUUAGACUUGUUUCUAUAAAUCUUAUUUGAAAAGGAAAUUCAUGUAAGAUCCUGUAUAUAAACAGAUGUUUGUUUGUGUUUUACGUCCUAUGAACAGCUACGGUCAUUUAAGGACGUGCCAGGUUUUGUGACUUCCCAGAGAAAAAAUACUUACCUGUAACCAGUACCUGGCCAUUGGCCUAAGUAAGCCUCAAACCCACGACCCAGUGGUGGAGGGUUAGUGGGAGCAAAAUGUCAACCAGCUAAUUACCACUGGGCCAUCGCUGCCCCUACAUCAGUACCUCUGUCUAGGUGCAUAAUUAAACAUGCUUACUCACCAACCUUCAGGUAACAUUUGGCUCCUGGUAAGGAAUUCUUAUUCUUACAUGAACAUCAAACGUGUACUUUGAAAACCUGACAAUUCCUUUGUCCUAUCAGUCCCGUUAUUAAUAUAUAUAUAUUAAAAGUGAUUCACUGGGGUAGGUUUGCUGUACCAUAUCGUUUAUAAAAAUACUCAGUUUUAUAGUCAUGGCGCUUCCUCAUCAAAACUGCUUUUAAUAAGCUGCCCAUUAUUAUUUUUUCAUACCACCUCUUACAAACUGAAAUACUGGGAAGACAUAUAAUGAUUUGCUACAUCUAGUGCCCUAUGCUUUCCUGCUGAAUUCUGUUUUAUGUAAUAUUUGAUUGAGGAAAUGGAUUUUGACCUUUUCACAUCACCAGUUAUCAUCACCUCAAGUUUUCAACCUGCGUUUUUUGUUUUCAACAACAAAUCCUAUACUCUCAGUGAUUUAUCUAUUACCAGGUAGUGAAUAAAAUUGAACCUUUUUGAUUUAAAAGUUGUUAACAUUUAAACAUAUUCAUCUUCAAACCACAUCCUUUAGUUGGUGCUUGACCUUGGUUUGAUCUGGACCCUGACCUUGGUUUUCUAGUUCAUGACGUUAAUGGUUUGGGUUUGAGCCAGUUCAUGAAUUUAGUUUGCUUGAUCUAUUCAAAACUCACACGUUCAUGACCUUGGUACAAUUUGAAUUCAGGAAUUAUCUACAACUUUAUGAUGGAAAUGCUGUAUUUAAUGAGAAAGUCACUAUGGAAAAUAUGCUUCUCAUAUUCUAACUUUUGUACAAAGAAAGAACCAAUAUCUUUACAAAUUUAUCACUAUGAUGUAUUGCCUUAAUACAAGAAAAGGAACAUUCUUAUAUUCAUGAUAACAUUUUGUGUAUAAUAAAUAAUAAGUUGUCAUUGAUGGAAAAAAGUUAUGAUUUGAAAAGGGUCUUUUCUAUAAUAGCUUAAUUGUUUUAUCUACAAUUUCAAAACUCGAAAUGUUCCCCGAUAUAUUUUGAGAAAUAAUUGUUUCUGUUAAUAAAUAAUUUAUUAUGUUAAUUUUUGAAAGUAUGGUGAAAUUAAUUGCAUAGCAUUAGAAAAAACUUCGCCAAAGUGAAAAAAUAAAAUUUAACAAAAAAUGUGAGAACUUGUUGUGUGAUAGACUGAAGGUUGUAAAAAUCAACGUUUCUAAGAAACGAAUAACUCCAUAUAUGAUGAAUGUAUGUUAUAUUUUGUUUAAAGUGUGUAAGUUUCAAGAGCAGUGUAUCUUGUCAUUUUAACUUUAUUUAAGUUUCUAUGUUUAAAACAUGUGCCAAACACUCGUGUAAUAGGAGGGAGAAAGGUACAUGUAGAAUGAAAGACAAGAACUACAGCUGUCCUCUCUGUGAGUUUGAUUUUUGUAUUUUAUUAUGUGAACAAAACUUCAACAUUAUUUUCACAAUCUUACCUAUUUCUAUACCAUACUAAUUAUUAAGUACCCCAAGAAAACUCACGAACCUUCUUUUUUUUUUAAUUAUUACUCAAUUAAAAAUGUUUCCAAAAAAAUCUUACCCCUAUUUCUCUGUAGGUAUGUUAAUUAUUGUAUUCUUGUAGAGAAUUAAAUUUCAAAAAAGUUUUAAAGAAAUUAACAGAUUUUCUGACAGAAUUUUAUAAAGAUUUACUUGUUCACUGCGGUGACUCAUUUUAAAGUCUUUAAAAUGAAGGAAGAAUUUUAGAAACCAUUUGAAUAUUUCGUAAACACUAUCAAAACAUGAAAAGAACAAAAUAAUCUAAUGUGAUAGACUGUUGGUUGUGAUAUACAUGGAUUCAGGUGCAGAGUCUAAUUUGCUUAACAGCAACUUACUGAAAAAUGCAAAAGCAUGAAUAUAGUUAUAUUUGAUGAGAACUAAAACCUUCUGUAGAGAUUAAAAAUGCCACCCUACAGACUGUUAACACAAAACUAUUUUUGGAAAUGUUUUGAUACUUCUCAAGAAUUCAAUUUAAAAAAUUUGUUUUAACAAGUCUUUCUGUAUUUCAAGAAUUAAGCCCUGAACUUGUUCUGCAAGAGUCUGAGUGAGAAUUUUGUUUGUAAAACGUUUGAAUGAAUGUGAGUGAGAUCACCAUGACUAUAUUUAUUGAUGUUUAAACAGCUGUGUUAUUUAAAGUUUUUUGUUUGUCACGGCAGUGAUUUGCCCUCUUUGAUUUUAAUGUAUGCUUAAAAUUUGAAAUGUUUAAUAAUUUAUAUACCAUACCAUAUAUAUAUAUUAUGUAUUCAUGAUUUUUCCAUCUUCAUUUUAUAUCUUUCCAACAGAAUUUGAUGGUGAUUCAUUCCUUAACGUUGAUUCUUUGAGGACAUAUGUCAAUACCAGUGGUGGGAAUGUACCUAGUGGCCUACUACAUGACAAUGUAUGUGUUAUUCUUGAAAGGACACGGUAUCCUAGAAUUUGGGAAAUUUUAAAGAUGCACUCAGUUAGGUUGUUAAAAACUAAGUUGAUUUGCAAUUAAUAUAGACAAAUUCAUUUGAUUUAUUGUUUAUUGAAGAGAACCUAGCUUGUACACAACUUAAUGAAAUUAUCUUUGUGAGCACUUUGUUAAUAAUGAUUAUCCUUCAGUGUUGGUGAAAAUGACAUGGAGAGUACAUCCUUAUAUUUGACACAAAGCGUCUGAUGGAUGAGAGAAUAUUUUCCUUUUAAAAUGACACCCCUGUUUGUUCAAAGCCAUAAUCAAAAUUAAUUAUGUAGUCGUAAACAUAAAGUUAUUUUGAAAAUAAGUAUACUAUCACUUAAUUGGCACACAUAGUUUUGUAAUAUAUCGUGUGAUAUAUACUAACAUAUAAUAGGAUUAAGAUUAUCAGAGUCCAUAAAGAGCAAAAUACAACGAUACAUAGUAUAAGUUACUGUACAUGCUUAAUUAUUGCCCUCUGUUUAGGGCACUGCUUUCCAACAGAUUUUUAUCAUAAAGGAGAUAAUUUUGAUUUAUACUUUAUCAGAAAAGUAUGGAAUUACUUGAUCCCUUUAUUAUUGUGCCUUUAAGUUUCAAAAGGAGAAAAAUAAUAGAAAAAAGUGCUUUAAAUGUAAGCUUCUUUCUAUAUCCUUACAAGUCUGGGAGAGUAACAUCUGGAACACUUUUUGAGUUAAGCACUACAGUAAGGGGAAUCUGAAGGAGAAAUCUGCAUUUAAUAAAUAACCAUUUCAUGUGAAGGAGUUUGAAGGAAGAUGGUGUGUGUUUACCCUAAAGGGUGUCAACUUACUAGGACACGACUGAGUAUUUGUUAUAUAUAGAUAUAUAUGUACAUAUUUGAGAAAUAUUAAAUAUUAUAAC